GCCUCAGCAGGUCUGGAGGUAUGGAUCUUACAGCAAUGGCUUUCUACAAAGUGAUGUGUUUGGCUGCUGGGCUGAUGCUCCUGACCCAAGAGUCUGAGUCACAGCUGGAUGUUUGUGGUCAGGCUCCUCUGAACACCAGGAUUGUGGGAGGACAGGAAGCGUCUCCCGGCAGCUGGCCCUGGCAGGUCAGUCUGCAUAUAUCUGGGUCCUUCUGUGGAGGAUCCCUCAUUAACAGUCAGUGGGUGCUGACUGCUGCUCACUGCUUUAAAAUCACCGACCCGAGCGGGGUGACUGUUACUCUGGGCCGUCAGAGUCUACAGGGAUCUAAUCCCAAUGCAGUGUCUCGGACAGUAACAAAGAUCAUUCCACAUCCAAAUUACAACUCUACGUCAUUUAACAACGACAUCUGCCUCCUGCAGCUCUCCUCACCGGUGACUUUCAACAACUACAUUUCUCCCGUCUGCCUGGCAGCUUCAGACAGCACCUUCUACAGCGGUGUUAACAGCUGGGUCACCGGCUGGGGCAGGACUAAAGAAGGAGGCACUGUUUCACAAAACCUGAUGGAGGUGGAGGUUCCUGUUGUGGGAAACAGACAGUGUAACUGUGACAAUGGAGUGGGAACAAUCACUGAUAACAUGAUCUGUGCCGGGUUAAGUGCAGGAGGAAAGGACUCCUGUCAGGGGGAUUCAGGAGGUCCAGUGGUGAGCAAGGAGAACGGUCGCUGGAUUCAGGCGGGAGUCGUCAGUUUUGGGAAAGGUUGCGCCAGGCCGAAUCUUCCAGGAGUCUACGCCAGAGUAUCCCAGUACCAGACCUGGAUCAACAGCCAGAUCUCCUCCAACCAGCCGGGCUUCAUGACGUUCACGUCCACUGGGACCGACAGUGACCUCAGUGUCACCUGCACAGGACUGCCACCAGUGCCAACCACCACCCCUACAACCAUCACCACUACUACUACCACUUUGCCUCCAACCACUUCCCAACAGUCUGAGUCACAGCUGGAUGUUUGUGGUCAGCCAAAGCUCAACACCAGGAUUGUAGGAGGACAGGUGGCCCCCGAUGGCAGCUGGCCCUGGCAGGUCAGUCUGCAAAGAUCUGGGUUCCACUUCUGUGGAGGAUCCCUCAUUAACAGUCAGUGGGUGCUGACUGCUGCUCACUGCUUCAGCGAGACUUCUGUAAAUGGUUUGACUAUGAAUCUGGGCCGUCAGAGUCUACAGGGAUCUAAUCCCAAUGCAGUGUCUCGGACAGUAACACAGAUCAUCAAACGUCCAAACUACAACUCUGGUACCAAUGACAACGACAUCUGCCUCCUGCAGCUCUCCUCACCGGUGAAUUUCACCAGCUACAUUUCUCCCGUCUGCCUGGCAGCUUCCGACAGCACCUUCUACAGCGGUGUUAACAGCUGGGUCACCGGCUGGGGCAACACUGGAGAAGGAGUGUCGCUUCCUUCUCCACAAAACCUGAUGGAGGUGGAGGUUCCUGUUGUUGGAAACAGACAGUGUAACUGUAACUAUGGAGUGGGAAGAAUCACUGACAACAUGAUCUGUGCCGGGUUAAGUGCAGGAGGAAAGGACUCCUGUCAGGGGGAUUCAGGAGGUCCAAUGGUGAGCAAGCAGAACGGUCGCUGGAUUCAGGCGGGAGUCGUCAGUUUUGGGGAAGGUUGUGCCAGGCCGAAUCUUCCAGGAGUCUACACCAGAGUAUCCCAGUACCAGACCUGGAUCAACAGCCAGAUCUCCUCCAACCAACCGGGCUUCAUGACGUUCACGUCCACUGGGACCAACAGUGACCUCAGUGUCAACUGCACAGGACUGCCUCCAGUGCCAACCACCACCCCUACAACUACCACCACUACAACCACCACCACUUCUACAACCACCACCACUCCUACAACCACCAUCCCUACAACCACCACCACUCCUACAACCACCACCCCUAAAACUACCACCACCCCUCUAAAAACCACGCCUAAAACAACCACUACCAAAACAUCCACCCCCACUCCAACCACCACUAAAAAAACAACCACCACCACCCCUAAAACAACCACCACCCCUAAAACUACCACCACCCUCUAAAAACCACGCCUAA